GGACAAAGUCUGUCGAUUUCUCUGAGUGUUCCCGAUAAUGUCCUCAAGAUAACGUCACCUCACAAGUAACAUCUGUUACUUGCAUGUCAGACGCAAGUCAGACAGGCAAGGCAGUACAUUCAAUCUUAAUAUAAAGAAUGGUAACUAAAUUUCUUCCUGUUAAAAUCCGCAAAUAACACUAAUAACAGCAAUGUAAAUUGUUUAUGAUGAUAUACUUUAUCAGCGUUUAUCUGCCACUCGAUUUUGGAAUUCAAAAUGUAAACACGAAAUUCUUUACGUAAUUUGUCGAGGAAAUGCACGGAGAAGAAUCAGCGCUCAUAGCGCCGGCAUGAAUAUAUGCGCCUUCAGUGACUUUCAUGACUAAAAUAUUUAUUUGCUGUUAAAUGAAUACUGGAACGCUGGGAAGAAACCUCUCUUAUGUAACUAAUUGGAAAAAUGAAUUAGUGGGAAGGUGCAUGAUAAUGUCUGAAUAGAAUCUGUGCUUCACCUCCCCAUACUACCAUUUUUUCACGCGUUAUCAAUGAUUGUUGCUAAUUUUUUAAUUUCAAUCUCAAUUUUAUGGCAUGAAAAAUUAGUGUUAUUGUACAUGAACGAAGUACAGGAAAUUUGGCUUGUAGACAGUACAAGUUUCAGUAGUUUAUACGAGAAUUACAUCUAUGAAGCACCACGUUUCAUUGUUAACGUGCAAGUUUCAAACAAAGUACGGGUUUAUUUAAGCGCCUUCGUCUCUCGCCUGAUUUAGGAUUAAGGAAGGCAAAAAUAAACUUUAUUUGCGCAGUAGCAUUAUAACUUCCAAGUUAAUUAGAGUAAAACGAGUUGCUUUAUUGUCGAGGAAAGAUGUCGACCAAACAAGCGUAUUAGACCAACAGAUGCUGGAUCACUAUCUUUCAGAAGGUUUAUGUGAAGUGUACCUAUAAUUUUGUUGGACAUCCUUCAAUAAUAGUUACAUGAAACUUUUAAACUCUUCACAAGAUGGCAAGUGCGACGAUAGAGUGCGACGUUUGUAACGAGAAAUUCGACUCGGGCAACCACAAGCCGCUUUGCCUGACCUGCGGCCACACGUUUUGCUUCUCUUGCAUUAUACGGUUAUGCGAUGUUCCCGAGACAAAAAACUGUCCGAAAUGCAGGGAACCAAUUUCCCAAGAUGCUGAUCAGUUACCAGUUAACUUCGCAUUGAUUCCUACCAAUAAGAUAUCACUUCCAAGUGCGGUGGGUUCACAGUCAAAAGCGCUUUGCCCCCAGCACCAGAAGGCGCUGGAUUACCUCUGCGUGGACUGCGUGGAGUCCGUGUGCUUCCCGUGCAGCAGGGGCACACACGCUACGCACAAAAUUGAGAUGAUAGACGACCUGCUUCAGGAUAACGAAGACACUGAUGACGUCUGGGCGAAAAUACGGCCCACGUUGCAGAACAAACUCGAUAGCGUUAGUUCGGUCGUCACGUUAUCUGAUAGUUUAUCGGGCUUUAUUGAUGACAUCAUCAAACUGAAGCCUGAUUUUGAUGGCUGGAAGGAUUUGCUGUUGGCACAGAAAGUUUCCACCGAGCAGGACCUUCAGGCUUGGGAGGCCUCGGGCACCAGCCUGGAUGUAAACAUGAGACUCGAUUGCAAGGAAAUUCUCAGCCGUCUGAAAUUGAACUUUGGAGAAAAUGGAAAACUACCUGAAAUCAAGGCAUUACUGGAUGCUGCCGCUAAAACAAGUGCUUCGUUAGAGUUAAAGACGUGCGAGCUCAUGCCGAUUGGCAAACCUUGGAUCAUCUCCAGCAGCGAUGAAGGAGAGCGAGCCCUCGCAAGCCUGGCCAGUAACAGGCAGCCCAGUCGCCUCGUGGUGCUGUCCACCCACACCCGCCCCAUCCCGGGGCUGGGGGAGCUGCUGUCCCGCCUCGCCGCCCGCCACAGCGGCAAAAUCAGCCUGCUGCCCCUGGACUACUUCUGGAGGCCGGCAGGACAGUCGGAUGGAGGCAUGGGGAAUAUCGUCUAUAAUUUACGUGGAAAGCUGACUGCCUUGUACGGCCACCCCUUCAUAGCCCGAUCGGGUGGCUUCGUCUACCUCAAAAACUGCAACAUUCGUCUCGACUGCCCAGCCGAUGUACGGCAUUUUGCUAACUAUGCUAGAGAUACUAUCACAAGUGUGUGCUGCGCCAAGGGCGUCCCGAACAACGUUGGCACUACCUUAAAGGAAGGCGGGUUUGAGGUCAACCGCUGGCACUUUCCCGACCUCAAUGAUCAGGACGUGGACUGGUUGUCACACAUCCUGUCAUCAUAUUCCGACAACCGUCAUCAAAAUGUGGAGCUUGUCCUCCCGAGAGAUCAUCUCUCUGCCGUAGGCGCUCGUCAGCUGUUUCAGAAGAUACCAAAUAUUCGGGUGUUGUACCACGAGCCUAACGCCGCGCACCUCACGGCAGCUUGUAGGGAUGUUCACGCUGCUGCGGACUGCAUCGAGUUGUCAACCAUCAAUAUUCUGCAAUGGAUAUAAUAUCUCUAUCCAAAGUUAGGGUUAGACUAGAAGACAUAAUCAACCACAACUAGAAAUUUUCAUUUUACAUUUAGAUUUUAAUUAGCAUGAGGUUCCUAAAUAAUGAAUAUCCUUUGAGAGCGAAUAAUUUUAACGGCGUAGAGGCCUUCAUUGAUAAGCAUGUGUAUUUUCAUAACAUUACUUUCGGCAGUGAAUUAUUUAACUUGUUUCUGUUAUCAAGUCGUAAAAUUUGUAUGUUGGCUCAUGCAAUUACUUCUUACCUUUUUCGAAGCUUUAAAUUUAAAUAUUAAGCAGAA